ACGCCGGGACGGCCGGGGCUCGUCGUCAUGGCGGAGGCGAAGGCGCCGGAGCCGCUGGAGAUCGAGAGCAGGAUCCUUGAGCUGUGCCAUCAAUUUCCCCACGGUAUCACGGACCAGGUGAUUCAGAAUGAUAUGCCCCACAUGGAAGCUCAGCAGCGGGCCAUGGCCAUUAACAGGCUACUCUCUAUGGGACAACUGGAUCUUCUGAGAAGCAGCACUGGCCUUCUCUAUAGAAUCAAGGAAUCUCAAAAUGCUGGUAAAAUGAAGGGAUCUGACAAUCAAGAGAAAUUGGUCUAUCAAAUUAUAGAGGAUGCAGGCAACAAAGGUAUUUGGAGCCGGGAUAUCAGAUAUAAAAGUAAUCUUCCCUUAACUGAGAUCAACAAGAUACUAAAGAACUUGGAAAGCAAGAAACUCAUUAAAGCUGUGAAGUCUGUAGCGGCUUCCAAGAAAAAGGUGUAUAUGUUAUACAACCUUCAGCCGGAUCGUUCUGUGACAGGCGGCGCUUGGUACAGUGACCAGGAUUUUGAGUCUGAAUUUGUAGAGGUUCUGAACCAACAGUGUUUUAAAUUCUUGCAGACCAAGGCUGAAGCCGCUCGUGAAAGCAAGCAGAACCCAAUGAUCCAGAGAAACAGCUCAUUUGCAUCCUCGCACGAGGUGUGGAAAUAUAUCAGCGAACUGGGCAUUAGUAAGGUGGAAUUGUCAAUGGAGGACAUAGAAACCAUUCUUAACACAUUAAUAUAUGACGGAAAGGUGGAAAUGACCAUAAUUGCUGCCAAAGAAGGAACAGUCGGUAGCGUGGAUGGACACAUGAAGCUGUAUAGAGCGGUGAACCCCAUCAUCCAGCCCACGGGUUUAGUUCGGACCCCUUGUGGGCUCUGUCCAGUUUUUGACGACUGCCACGAAGGUGGCGAGAUAUCCCCGUCAAACUGUAUUUAUAUGACAGAGUGGCUGGAGUUUUAGCGGCACAAUGUGGACUGUGUCACCUUCCUGCACCUGACAUCAACGAACCAAUUUUUUCUUUAUGACAGACCCUUUUCCUCAGGAGGAGAGAGUUUUGCUUUUAAAACUCUAACCUGUUUAAAAAGAGCAUCAGCUGAAGACAUUCUCAGGCGUCUGCGUGCUGUACGAUUCAGACUGAAGAUACACCCGUCUUUUCUGUUCAAGAUCUGCACAGGCAGAAAAAAGAAGGCUCUUUGUAGCCUUAGAGAGGGAGGUUGGGUGUUGUUGACUAGCAGAGUGAAUGAAUGCCUUGCCCUGCUAAAUAAAGCCAAGUUUGCUCAUGGCAGUCCAGUCCUGCAGCAGGCCUUUAGUAGCAUCACAGCAACUGUGGAGAAAGCGGCCGGGCGACCAUCCUGCAACGUUGCAGAUUUGGGGAACAGUCUGCUCAAAAGCUUUUCCGUAAAACCUCACUCAGUGAAAUGGCACACGAGCAUUGUUUGGCUUUGGGGGGUUGGGAGCUCUACUGAAGCUGGGAUUAGUCCCCUGUCAAUGUAAAUUUGAAAUGUAGAUUCAGAAUGUUUGUUUCUGACAACCAGCUUCUUGCAAAGAUUUCAAAGAUGCAGAGCAGGGCGGUUAAUGCAGCAGGUACAACCAUCAGAAUAACUACUCAAGGAGCAUCACGCCUUUGAACCUCAAACCUGCUCUGUUCUGCAUGUAGGGUUAGGGUUUUGAAAGUCUCUGUUCUCUGCAAUGGAAAGGUUUUGACUCUGGGUUGUCCAUUCUUUUUUUGCAACCAAAGACAGGCACUGAACCACACCAAACUUCAUGUUAAUUGCAAAACACUAAGUGAGAUCAUAACAUCUCUUGAAUUUCUGCCUGGCCAGAGCAUCUUGUUUCCACAACGUGCCAUCUAAACUCACCCAAAGACAGAAAAUCAUCAGCUACUUGUCCAACAAGCGAUUGAGAAAGCUGUUGAACAACUUCCUGACGAUGUACAGUGUUUUGUUUAAUACAAUCCAGGAGAUUUGACUUCUCGGAGUGAACUUUGGUAUGGAGGGCCUCUUCGGUGAGGGUCCCAAAAAUGCCUGGCUUACAGCAGGUGAACCAUGGAGGCAGAUUUCUCCACACAUCCCCUCCUUUGCUCGGCUUGUAAGGGAGGGGAAAUCUUACGGCUCUCCUCCUUGGGCUGUCAGUCCGCCAUCUUCCACCCCUUUCUGACACUCUGCUUUCUCUCUCACCUUCUCAGCCUUCACCCCCUGCCUUCCUCUCUACUUUUCCUGCUUUCUGCCCUACAAGCCCCCAGUCCUUCUC